UGCAGGAGGUUGGAAGCGUCAGUUUGCAUCUUGUGCGGGACUUUACUGUUCGGUUCGGUUUCAGCCGGCGCCUGGAUGUCCCGGGGAGAGAUAGUCCAAGUCCCCGACGAUGCGCAUUUCACCUCGUUCAGGGAGCAGUGCGAGCGCCACGAAGGCUGGACGGUUCAAUACAGCAAAGGAGGCACCACCGUGUGGAACCGGCAGCCGGAGGAGAACAAAACCGUUCAGAAAUUAAAGAUGAGAAUUAACUGCAAGGAUGUUCCAGCAGAGACCCUGUAUGAUGUUCUUCAUGACACGCACUACAGAAAGAAAUGGGAUACCAAUAUGAUUGAGACUUACGAUAUUGGCCGACUAACGGUGAAUGCAGAUGUUGGGUAUUACUCCUGGAGAUGUCCAAGUCCAUUGAAGAACAGAGACUUUGUUACCCUACGAUCCUGGCUUCCCCUAGGUAAUGACUACAUGAUUGUCAACUACUCGGUGAAGCACCCGAAAUAUCCUCCAAAGAAGGACAUAGUACGGGCUGUCUCACUGCAGACUGGAUACUUCAUUAAAUCCAAUGGAGCCAACAGCUGUACCUUGUACUACCUGACCCAAGUGGACCCACGAGGGUCGUUACCGAAAUGGGUUGUGAAUAGAGUUUCGCAGUUUGUAGCUCCCAAGGCCAUGAAACGGAUUUAUAAAGCCUGUCUGAAGUAUCCUGAUUGGAAGCAAAAACACAACCCACACUUCAAGCCCUGGGUCUACCCAGAGCAGAACACCCUGCCCAGUGUCAGCCUCUCAGACCUAUCACUGCAACAUGCUUCCUCGCUGGAGAACAUUGAUGAGAGUGGCCUGUCAGAGGAGAAGGUCCAUAUCAGUGACGAGGAAGAUAGCUACUCCAAGGAAUCAUAACAGAAGCAGGAGAGUGUGGAAAAUAGAGAGAGAGAAAUAAUGAUUUACAUUUGGGGUUUAAUGACUCAGUAUCCCUUUUACACUCCGUGGCGUAAUCUAUGCGAAGUAGCAAUUCAAUCUCACUAAAUGGCGUAAUCCAAAGAUUUAAGAGCAGGAGUAGGCUAUAGAACCCUUUGAGCCAGCCCUGCCAUUCAAUAAGAUCACUCAUCAAUUCAGAUUCCCUUAUCACAAGUAUCUGUAAAUGGUUUUCUAAGUGUUUUAAAGUUCUUAAACUGAAACAUUGCUUUUAGGGCACUUGAUGCUGAACUGGUUUGAAGAGGUGGCCAUUGGAAAGGGCUGUGCUUACCUGUUGUUGCUCAGGUUCCUAUAUGACAUUGUAUGUGAAUGGAUUAGCAUGAGUGGAUAGAUUAACAUGUGCUUUUGCUAUGUUUCCAUGCUUGUCUUCAUAAUUCCAAUCACCAAAAUAGAAACCUUUUGAUAUCAUCCCCAUUGAUCCUUGGCUGAGUUUGGGUGGAGCCUUUAUUGCCAACCCUUGCAAAGAACACCAGCAUUUAGAGGAUUCACUACAGAAAGAGAUCCUUGUAGUAAUACUUAAAUAUAAACAGAUAAUAUAAGCUACACACAUGAUCUGAACCCCAUAUUAUGUCUCCAUGAGUAACUGCAUCUUGCUUAUUAAUCUUGCGGGUACUUCUUUGACAUACUUUGGGUAGUAUUUCUAAAUUUCAGGUGAAGACUUGAUAUACUUGUUUGCAAAAGUCCACCUCAGGUGAGAAGGUUCAUAUUAUUGAAUAAGGAGCAAUUGGGUAAUGUUAAUAAUUUUCGAUCAUAAUCUUGCAGUGAUCAUUAUAUUUUAAAAAAUGGAUUUCAACUUCAAUGAGGUUAGCCCAGCAACAAAUGAACACGAUAGGAGCAGUCUACAGUAAAUGCAGCUUGGCAUAAUACCACUAACAUUUAAAGGUAUAGUUUCAGUGAGACCUCAUGUCUUCUAAUGGUGCCAUUAACAAGGUAAAUUCCAUUAACUAUUAGGGAUUGAGGGGGAGAUGUGACAGCUUAAAAUAUUGAAAGGAUUUGAAAUGGUAGAUACAGAGAAAUUAUUUUUCCUGAAGGAAGAUCAUUGGCAAAUGAGGACUUGUAAUCUUAGAGCUUGGUCACUUAAGAGUCAAAUUAGGAAACGCUAUGAAAGGACACUACAUUUCUCUGCUACAAAACACUGUUCCCUAGAAAUUCAUCUCUGGUCGGUAGCAUUAUAUAGGAAUGACAGCACCUUGCACUUUGUCUCAUCAGUUCCAUUGAAGGAGAGGUUUGGAAAAAUAAUCAAAUUUAUCUCCAGACGUCUAUCACUUACCUGGACUUAUUCUUGAAACAAGAGCUAACACCAAUUUAAAAGAGAAGGUUGGUGGUAGUUCAGCAUUAAAUAUUGUAAAUAUGGGAAUGGAUAAAAGUUCUGGAGUUAAGAUUGGAGAUAAAAUUGAAAUCAGAGGACUUCCACUCAGGGGUGUGAUUCAGUGCAAUUGAGUUAGUGAGUGAAUUGGGCACGAGAAGGGCAAAAUGGCCUAAUCUCAUUUGAUCUCAGACUGCUUUCUGAUAACAACUGUACAGCAUUUUUACUAUACCAAUUGGGGAUGAAUUCCUAGGCAGUAAAGACAGUGAAAACUUUCAAGACUGAGAUUAGUCUGCUCUGGUUAGAAUUGGAAAUCAAGGGAUAUGAAUGCAAAACAAAAAGGCAAAUUGAUCUAUAGUGCAAAUCAGCGACGAUCUAAUUCAAUAGCAGAGAAGACCAGCAAGGCUGAUUUACCCUAUCUCUAUCCCCAAUGUUCUUUCAACUGAGAAUGUGUCAAAUUCAGUCCAUGGCCCAUGAUGAUUAAACUUAUUGCAAUCAAGGUGGCAACUUAAGUGCUACAAACAGGUCUCAAUUCCACUGAACUGGGGUGAUCUGGGAUUCCCAAUUCUGAUUGGGAUCCAAGACAAAAACUAGAAAUGCUGGAAAUCUUUAGUAGGUCUGUGGGGGGGGGGGGGGAGUGCUUUCAACAGAACUGCAAAAAGAUAAAGUUUUAAGAUGCAGAGAAAAAGGGGAGAGAAGGAGUGUACAAAAGGAAAUGUCCAUGAUGGGGUGGAAAGUGGGAGAGAUUGCAUAGCACAGUGAACGAAGGGAGUACUAAGAGUAAGGGAACAAAAAUUCAGUGCAGAGAAGGGUAAAUGGAGGAAGAUACAUUGAAGGCUGGAAAUCUGAAAUAAAAAUGCUGAUUAUUAGAAUUGUUUUCAGUAUAUUAUCCAGAGGGCUACAAUGUGCCCAGUCAGAAGAUGAAAUACUGCUCCUCAAACUCAUGUUGAUCUUUGUUGGAACAAAUUAGGAAACCAAAGACAGCAGAGUUAGAAUGGAGAGAUCUGGUGAGCAUCAAUUGACUUUGCUUGAAAGCUCCGGUGUAUACUUGGUGAGGUUAAAAUCAGGCAUAAUCGUGAUGUGCCUAGGGUGGGGUCAUCUUCAUAGUCUCACAUCAUACGUGAUCCCUAUAUUCACUGCUUACGAGUUAAGAACCAUCACUUGGGCAAACUACCAUAGAAAAUACAGGAUAGUGAUUCAAUGGAAUAGAGCCCAGGAGAUAACAAGUGACUUGUGGACCAGAUGGGCCUUAUAGUCUCAUGCUCUUAUUUCUCAGGCUGCUUUCCAAGUUGUCUAGUGCAAAGACAUGUGGACUCAGUAUUGGGACGUUGAUCCAGUGUCCAGAUCUUUCUUUGAGUAGAUUUGUUCUUCUGAUUUUGAGAAUCCUCAACAUAAAGCAUUAAGCACUGCAAAGUGAAAAUAUUAGGCCUCUUCAGUAAAUUAUAAUGCUCAACAACAGGAUGCACAAAUAGCAAAUCAUAAACAAAAAGCAUAAGCGAGCAUUGGAUCAAGAAGGGAGACUUUCACUGACACUGCAAAAGUUUUUUACGUUAUACAUAAGCAAAUCCAAAAUGAACAUUUUUCUAAAUUUGGGAUAAAUUAGUCGAUUGACACCAUCUUGGAAAAUCCAUUCUGAUUCUUUGGAGUUUUGAAACUUGUAAAGAAAUCAAGAGCUGUACUUCCAGACUGAACUUACAGGACUCAAAUGUGCAGAAUAGUUUCCUUUCUUUAGUGAGUCAAAUCUAUUUUACAUAUUAAUGAAAUUCGAUGGAGUUUGAACAUUGUUUUAUUUUAAUGGAAAAAUAUGAUGUACAAAUAUAGUUUAGGAUUAUAUAAACUGAGGUUAGAAUUUUGACAAUCUUUUCCUUGUUUUGUGCAUGUAAUUAGAGUUGGUGACCAUUUGUGUUUUAAGAAACUUUAGCUUUUGAUUGCAUGCUACUAGUUUAAUUUCCUUUAAAAGAAAUAAUAUUUAAAUAGUACAAGAAUUCAAAAAGAAAUACCAAGGAUUCAUCAAGGAGACCACCAUCAAUAUUAAUAAACUUGAAUCUGGCCACUGUCAAAACUGAUAACAAAAUAUUAAACACAUUUCAACACAUACAUGCAUCAUGUAGGACAGUGUGAACUUUCUUAGCAAACUAAUCAUAGAUCAUAGAACAGUACAGCACAAUACAGGCCCUUCAGCCCACAAUGUUGUGCUGACCUUUAAACCUUGCCUAAGACUAUCUAACCUCUACCUCCCCCAUAUCCCUCUAUUUUAAAUUCCUCCAUAUGCUUAUCUAGCAAUCUCUUGAAUUUGACCAAUGUACCUGCCUUCACCACCACCCCAGGCAGCGCAUUCCAUACCUCAACCACUCUCUGGGUAAAAAACCUUCCUCUGAUAUCUCCCUUGAACUUCCCACCCAUUACUUUAAAGCCAUGCCCUCUUGUCUUAAGCAUUGGUGCCCGGGGAAAGAGGUGCUGGCUGUCUACUCUAUCUAUUCCUCUUAAUAUUUUGUACACCUCUAUCAUGUCUCCCCUUAUCUUCCUUCUCUCCAAAGAGUAAAGUCCUAGCUCCCUUAGUCUCUCCUCAUAAUCCAUACUCUCCAAACAGGCAGUAUCCUGGUAAAUCUCCUCUGCUCCAAUAGUAAGCUAUAUCAGUGAAAGAUAAGUCUAACAAAGCCCAGUAGAAAUAUGUUGUUGUAAAUUGCAUGCUGAGUACAAGUAGAUCAUGUAGUCCAUAAGACCAUGGUGGUUCUUGUCAAAUGAGGGCCAAGUAAAAAGUUGCAAUGGAAUAAAAACAUAAGAAAUAGGAGCAGGAAUAGGCCAUUCAGCCCCUCGAACCUACUCCACCAUUCAAUAAGAUCACAGCUGAUCCUUAUACCCAUCUGUUUUCUCACUGAUUCCCAUAUGUUCCUUGGUGUUGGGAAAUAUGUUGAUCUUAGCUUUGAAUAUUUUUAGCAAUUGAGCAUCCACCGUCCACUGAGCCCUCGUUUCAAUUCUUACAAAGGAGGCCAUUCAACUUAUCGCCUCCAACUUGUCAAUGAAGUGUGGCAGGGAAAUAGUGGAUGUAUAGGUGAGGAAAAUAUCUUGCAGUAAGAAAUACCUCUGCAGAAAUUUUCCUCAGGGGAGAAUGAUUCAUUGGAAUAGAGUCCAGGUGAUUGUGAGUGGUGUGUGGAAAAUGCAGUCAUUGGGUUGAAAGGACCUGUGUCAUUCGCCUUCCAGCUAUCUUCUUGAUUUUGCAGGACAGCUCACAUGUUUUCCUGCAACGCUGAACUCCAGAUAUUGCUGCAUUAGUCCUGGGAAGAAAAAACUGCACAUCCAAUCUUGUUUAUUUUUCAGCUUGUGUUGAUAGAAACUAUCCGUUAUGCUGAUAUGGUGCUAUUUUGAAGCUUAAAGAUUCCUGCCCCCACUCCUUUGUUCAACAGCACAUCUAUUACUAACAAGCUAGCCCUGUUGUUCUUCCAUCUUUUACAGAGUUACACCAAAUAGUAGCUUUUAUUUAACACAAUUCUUCACACUGCCUUUUAUCCUGUGUACUCAGGAUCAGGGUUAUAAAUGCCUCUAAAUGUCACCAAAACAAUCCAGUUCACCUUUGCCUGAUUUGAUUCCCAGGGCAUCAUGACGCUUUGGAUAACGUUAAAAACUCCUCAGCUAACUUUACCCAUUACCUGCUCAGACAAUGAGAUUACGCAAAGGUUUUGUUCAAGUGAGGUGAUGUAAUUGCUGUAAUAAUUUUCCAAAUUGUUCAAUAGACUGAUUACUCAUCAACUUCAUAUUUCGGUCCUCGGAAGCAGAGGGGCUGGAGAUGAUUGUUGUAGUCAUUGUCCAAUCACAUCAAAAUUUACAUGUGACUGAGAUACAAGGCUAGUGUGCAGAUGAAGGGGAAGGGGGUGACCUAGUAAAGGAUUUGUUGGGGGAAGGGAUCACGGGGUUGAUGGGGGUAUGGAUCAACAAUUCAAGCAACAGGCUGCAAAUUGAGUGUUUGUUUCAGAGAUGACACAUUGGAUGGCCUGAGGAUUUGAGUAAGUGCUUAGUUUACCUGUAGGCCUCCCAGACCAGAGCUGUGAGAUUACCAACUAGUUCUCCUGGGAAUGCCCACGGAUGGGUAGUUGCAGGACGCGUGGUCCAAGGCCCACCGCAGUCCAGUGUUGUGUGAGAAUGACGUCAUCACGUGUGUCGACAUUGCGCCGCAGUUGCAAGUGUGCCUCACAACUGGAAGUGGGCCAUCAAAUUACCCGAUCGGUGUGAUUUGACUUGUAAAUGUUUGCAAACGCGACUUAUUCUGGCUUAAGUCAAUCUUCGGUCACGUUGUUCUGAGAAAUGUAAUGCUAUGUGAUUAAGUGAUAAGUAAAAGAGAAAGAGGAGAGAUUAACUCAUCUAGGGAGGAAAAGAUGUUCUUCAGUUUAUGUAGUAUCGCAUCAUUCAGAGACUUGCAGUGCUUUAGAGAUGGAGAAUUACUUUGAAUAGGGUGAAUCUUUGGUCCAGCAAAUGGGUCAUUGUGAUGCUUGGCAUUCUAAUCUAUAGGAUGCACCUGUAUUUUUUUAUUAUGAAACCAGUGGAUCAGAUGGGCCUUAAAGAUGAUUCAUGCAACUGAGCAGGUUGUUUCAACAUCCUGCAGCAGUCAAGAUAGCUGUUGAAGAUUCUUCAUCCAUCUGAUGACUGCCAAACUUUCCUGCCACAUCAAGUCUUUUGCUCAAGUUCAGUCAACCCUCAACAAAGCUGCCAAAUGGCAUUACGUGUCCGAGCAAUGUCCAGGAGAAGUGAACUGUCCUGUUGUUUCUCCUGCAACGUUCCUACGACAGAUCACAAGAAGCAUUGAUAAUAGUCCAGGGUAUAUUUUCCAAUCUAGCCAAUGGCUUAUUUAUAACCAUUCACUGCAUGGAGUUAAAACCAGUGGGAAUUCCUCUCCUUUGUGUUACCAUGCAUUCGCUUGCUAGCCAGCUAAUGAUAGAGAUUUUAAUGCAUCAUAUUUAAAUGAUGAUUCCCUGCAGAUGAUGGAUUCUAGUACUGCAUGAUUGUUUGUUUAUUUUUAGACUACGUUCACUGAAUGGCAAAUACACCCCAUGUAGACAGAAAUAGGUUCAGAUUGCUGCAAAAGAACUAAAUUAUUAAUUUGUGCUUGUAUCAUAGUCUGAAGUCAACUGCAUGGAAAGAUUUAAUUUUCUUAAUUGCUGUAUGUGUUGUAGCCAAUCUUUCCCUGUCUGUAGAUUUAUGAUCAUUUUUGUUAAGGUUUGAUAUUUGAUCAUCUUUGUAAAAGAAAUAUUAGUUCAGAACCACUAUGCUGGGCAGUAGCAAUAAUGUUCCAUUUAUAGGCCUUUUUGGAGUGCAUUGAGGUUAGGCUUUUAGUGUUGUCUGUGGAUGAAUUUAGAAAGAACCAGGCAACCAAUGCAGACUUGGGAGCUGGGGCUGUAAUCAGAUUGCAGACAGGGAGUCAAUCGUGAAUCUCCCACAUAAAAAUUCUAUCUAGUGAAAAAUAAUUUUCGUCAACUUAAAAGCAAAACAUUGGAAAACAAAACUGGACACCGUACCUUUUAUUUUCAAAAACAAAAUACUGUGGGUUCUGGAAAUUUUAAAUUAAAACGGGAGCUUCUGUAAAUGCUCAACAGUUCAGUUGCUAUGUGGAGGAAGGAGCAGAGUUUUCUCUUGCCACAGAUGUUCCCUAAAAUGUUGAGUAGUUUUCUGGUUUGAUCAUUAUCCCUUCUCUGCAUUCUUUGACAACACCAAAGUUGCCCUGUCCGUAAUGCGUUGCUUUCUUUUAAAUCAAUGGAUCUCUUUCAAAUUGAUUGAAACUAGUGCAAGUUCUUUUUACAAAUACCUUGAUUUGGACAUCUUUGUCAAGCAGCAUUCUCCAAGGCAAAUUAUGGGAUAGUUUGCCUUCAUCAAUAUUUAACCUGUUUAGAACAUAAAACCAAAACAGUUUGUGUCAUAACUGAUCAUUAGGCAAACCCGGGUUAGCUGGUCAAUUUAAAUAAGUAUAGAAAUUAACUAAUAUUUGACAGAGCAAUUACUCCUGCUGCUGCCUUUACAAUGCAGACAUGAAAUUUGCUACCAAUCCCCAACUCACUCUACAGAUGAAGCAACUCUGUCCAUUGCUGUCAUCCGGAUUGGGAGUGCUGUGAAUCUUUCAAAUUCUCCAGCCCAGGUAACGCGUGCUCAGUAGUCGAGCAUUCAGAAGGCUAAGAUCAAUCAAAUUUUGGAACGACGGGAUACAAGGAACAUAGGGAUUAGGUAGGAAAGUGAUUUUUUUUGUUUGUUCACUAGCUCAGCUGGUACUUAUUAUUUAUCCCAAACUGGCUCCAUGAACUGCCUGAUUUGCUGGUCAAUUCAGAGGGCAAUCACAUUGGUGGAUCUGGAGACACAUGUAGACCAGAUCGGGUCAGGAUGGUUUAUUUUGUUUCCAAGGGACAUUUCUGAACUGAAAGUAUUUUAUCCCAAUCUGGUAGUUGAGAUACACGAUUAGCCUUGAUUGAGUGGUGAAGCAAAUUCACAAUGCCAAAUGGCCUACUCCUGCUCCUAUUUCUCAUGUUCUUAAAAUAAAAUUGUGCCCAUUGUUACCACGUGCAAACUAGUCUUUAUAAUGUGUAUAUAGUCCCAUCCUAACCAGAAUUUGGUGUUCAUGAAUAUAUGGGUCAAUAAGACUCAUCUAUACUACCACACCAUCACCAAUCAUCGAACUCUCUCCUCAGGCUGUAGUUAUGACAUUUGGUCAGUGAAUUAAAGAAAUAAUAAGAGCACAUUUUAUUAAAGUCUCUGUGUUUUGUGCUAAGAGCUUGCUGCUGUGCCUUGUAUCAAAUUAUGUGGAUUGUUGUGAUUUUGCUCUAUGCAUAUUUUGUUGUCCUACACAUGUAUGUUUCAAAGAUAUGGCAAUGCUGGGAAAACAUUAAUUAUUGAAUAAUUUAUACCUGGAUUCACAGUAAAUGCUGGUAAUGGGGAAUGGUAUAUGAACGGCAAGCAAUAGUUUAAACUGUAAGCUCAUGGUCAGCAAAAUUUGCAGGGUUACAGGGAAAAAGCAGGGGAUUGAAACUGACAGGAAUGCUCUAUGAGCAGCUGCCAGAAACAACAGGCUGAAUGGCCGCCAGUGCUGUCAUAAUUCAGUGGUGAACUUUAAUUCCGAAACAUUCUUUUCAACUUAAUGAUGGUGAGAUUUGGUAUUUGGAACAAAAGCACAUACUGUAAUCUGAUGCUUUAUAACUAAUGUAAAAACUCACAAGGGAAGAGCAGUAUCUUUUGAGCUACAUUCAUUCUCCCAGGGGAACUGGGUACCAUUGCUGAAGGUGAGAGUAGAAUAGUCACACCUUCUUUAUAAAGCCCCAGAGGUGGGUUUCCAGGACAUCAAUCAUACCCGAGUGAUUUUUAAAACUAGUUCUGUACUGUGUCUCUAAAGAUGCUUUUUUUUUCUCAGUGAUGUAGAACUUACAGACUUCAGGACUGAAGGGCACCCAUUCAGAACAGAGAUGCGGAGAAAUUUCUUUAGCCAGGGAGUGGUGAAUCUGUGGAAUUUGUUGCCAUGAGCGGCUGUGGAGGCAAAGUCAUUGGGAGUAUUUAAGGCAGAGAUUGAUAGGUAACUGAGUAGCCAGGGCAUCAAAGGUUAUGGUGAGAAGGCGGGGGAGUGGGGCUAAAUGGGAGAAUGGAUCAGCUCAUGAUAGUAUGGCGGAGCAGACUCGAUGGGCCGAAUGGCUGACUUCUGCUCCUUUGUCUUAUGGUCUUAUUCCAAUCGCAGCAAUAACAAAAAGUGUGCUUAGGAAGUAACUGCUCUCAGCUAGUUACCUGUGGCACUUGUGUGAAUUUCUUCAUGAUAAGUCAUUGAGGUGCCUUCUGGUCUCUCAAAACUUUCAAUGGCAUCACCUUAAAGAGCAAAACAGUGUCCUGGCCAACAUUUAUUCCUCAGCCGACAAUGAAUGAUUAUCUGGCCAUUAUCUCAAUGCUGCUUGUGGGAGCUUGCUGUGUGCAUUUUGGCUGUGAUACUUCCUACAUUAAAAGAAUGACUGGGUGACUGCACUUCAAAGUGCUUAUUGGUUAUAAACUCUUUUAAUCAUUAUGAAAGCAGUGCAGAGAACCAUGUUCUUUCUUUGAGCUACACUCUGCAUCAUUAAACAGGUUUUGUCUUUCUGUUCCAGCCUCUGUCUAUGAUGCAAGAAACUUCCAGUGGAAUUAGCUUUAAGAGAUUGCUCAUAAAUGCAGUCUAAAGAGCUGCAUUGUCAGGUGGCUUCUUUCUAGAAAAGUGAACUGGCUUCCUUAUUGGUUCAUUUCAUGCAAUCUUUCUGAAAAGCCGCUAAUGUGAUUACUUCAUGCAUCAUGUUUCUAAUGAAAAACACUUUAUUGAAUGAAAUGAACCAUUAAAGAUUUACCAUUAAGGUUGAUUAUUUUGUCAAAUUGAAUCAAUCUGAUGAUUAACCAUUGAUGUUGAUGUUCCAUGAUUGAAAUGACUGAUUUCAGUUUUAUUUAUUCCAUGCUCCACUUGUUUGUUUGUCUGAAGGAAUAAUCAUAUUUUGUGAAAUUUUAAA